AAAAUAUCACUAUCCACCUGAGAGAACCAACAAACUGGACCUGAGCAAAGCGGGAACCAGCCCUCCUCAGCAGGGACUUCUUUUUUUUGUUUUUUCACAGCGAAACGUGUGCUGUGUAAAACUGUGGGUGUGUAAACUUUGGUGCACUUUGGUUUGCGCUGCUUAAAUGGAACUCCUGCGAGGCUCCGCGCUCAGAGAGCAGCGCGCGGGCUGCGGCGAUCUAAGUUGAUGUCAAAGCCGAUUAGCGCUGAUGUCCGUCGUGAUUCUGUUUUCACCGUCUGUUCACUGAGUCUAUUUCUGUGUGCUGUUGUUGGCGGUACUACACACUCCGUCGUUUUCCUCAUUUUUUUAACCACCAGGACAGAAACACACUGGCUUUCUAGGUCAUGUCCGAACUUUGCAGCAUGGAGAUGUGUUGAAGCGGUGCUGCUUUUCAACGGUUCAGCUGACACUGGAGCGUGUAUUUGACAGUCUGGUAAGAGUGAUGCACUCUCCAACUUUUUAUGCCAUGGUAAACCUGGAUUACCUUUUUCUGCAGAUGAGAUGUUAACCACUUUCUCUUCAGUAUCCAUCCGGUAGAGAUAACGAUAGCGAUAUCGAGGAUGCGUGAUGUGAUACAUAUGUUUGCUCUUUGAAGUUGGAACCAAAAUAAGGACAGGACUCAGUGUAAACAUAAUGCAGAAGAGCGUGCGGUACAAUGAGGGCCACGCUCUGUAUCUGUCAGUGGUUGCGCGCAAAGAGGGGACCAAGCGCGGCUACCUGAGCAAGAAGACCACAGAGAACAGUCGCUGGGCUGAGAAGUACUUCGCCCUCUACCAGAAUGUGCUCUUCUACUUCGAGAACGACCAGAGCGCACGGCCCUCAGGUAUAUACCUGCUGGAGGGAUGCACAUGCGAGAGGGCACCGGCGUCCAAAGUGUCCGCCAUCAGCAAGGAUGCUAUUGAGAAGCAGCAGGUGCGUCCCACGUACUACUUCAUGGUCAAUUUUGGCCACGAUGGGCAGAAACCUCUAGAGAUGCGAACAGAGGAUGAGUUGGACUGCAAUGAAUGGGUGGGGGGCAUCCAGCAGGCCAGCUACUCUGGCAUCAUCAUUGAACGUGACAUCCUGAUGCAGAAGUACAUCCAUCUGGUCCAGAUCAUGGAGACUGAGAAGGUUGCAGCCAAUCAGCUUCGUACUCAGCUUGAGGACCAGGACACAGAGAUUGAGAGGCUCAAAGCAGAAAUUACAGUAUUGAACAAAGCCAAGGAAAGGAUGCAGCCGCACCAGAACAACCAAGACGAGGAAGACCCCGAUAUUAAAAAAAUUAAAAUGGUGCAGAGUUUCAUGCGUGGCUGGCUGUGUCGGAGGAAGUGGAAAAUCAUUGUCCAGGACUAUAUCUGUUCCCCUCACGCUGAGAGCAUGAGGAAGAGGAACCAUAUUGUGUUUAACAUGGUGGAAGCAGAGACAGAAUACGUGCACCAGCUUUCCAUCCUGGUGAAUUGCUUCCUUAGGCCGCUCCGUAUGGCCGCCAGUUCCAAGAAACCUCCCAUUCGCCAUGAUGAUGUUAGCAGCAUCUUCCUCAACAGUGAGACCAUCAUGUUUCUGCAUGAAAUCUUCCAUCAAGGUCUGAAGGCCCGAAUUGCCAACUGGCCUACUCUAGUUCUGGCGGACCUGUUUGACAUUCUACUGCCGAUGCUGAACAUUUACCAGGAGUUUGUGCGUAACCACCAGUACAGUCUUCAGGUGCUGGCAAACUGUAAACAGAACAGAGACUUUGACAAGCUGCUGAAACAGUAUGAAUCCAACGCAGCCUGCGAGGGUCGGAUGCUGGAGACAUUCCUCACUUAUCCAAUGCUUCAGAUUCCCCGUUACAUCAGAACUCUCCACGAGCUGCUGGCGCACACACCUCAUGAGCAUGUGGAGCGCAAGAGUCUUGAGUUUGCCAAAUCCAAACUGGAGGAACUGUCAAAGAUGAUACAUGAUGAAGUCAGCGACACAGAGAACAUCAGGAAGAAUUUGGCCAUUGAAAGGAUGAUUGUAGAGGGCUGUGACAUCCUUUUAGACACAAGUCAAACUUUCAUCAGACAAGGUUCUCUCAUCCAUUUACCAUCCAGCAGUGAACGGGGUGUUCUCAGUAAGGUGCGCCUGGGCUCUCUCUCACUGAGGAAGGAAGGAGAGAGACAAUGUUUUCUCUUUACCAAACACUUCCUCAUCUGUACCCGAACAUCGGGAGGGAAGCUUCACUUGCUCAAGCAGGGAGGAAUGUUGUCCCUGAUCGAGUGUACUCUGAUUGAGGAACUGGAUGCCACUGAUGAAGACUCAAGUCAAGGAUUUAACCAUCUGGAGUUUAAAAUUGUGGUUGAGCCUCCUGAUGGUCAGUCCUUCUCCAUUGUUCUCCUGGCUCCUUCCCGCCAGGAGAAAGCUGCCUGGACAAGUGAUAUCAGCCAGUGCAUUGAUAAUAUCCGAUGCAACGGCCUGAUGACAAGCGUGUUUGAGGAAAACUCCAAAGUUUCUGUGCCACACAUGAUCAAGUCUGAUGCUCGACUGCAUAAAGACGAUGUUGACAUUUGCUUCUCAAAAACGCUCAACUCCUGCAAAGUCCCGCAGAUCCGAUACGCCAGUGUGGAGCGCUUGCUAGAGCGUCUGACAGACCUGCGCUUCCUCUCCAUAGAUUUCCUCAACACAUUCCUCCACACUUACAGGAUCUUCACCACAGCUACUGUGGUCAUCGACAAGCUGGCUGACAUCUAUAAGAAGCCGUUCACCUCCAUACCUGUAAGAAUUGAGCAACAUUCAUGUGACCGUCUGUCCAUCAUGUCACUCUGUCCUGACUACAGUCUGAAGAUCACACAGCUUGCACUGGACCAGUCCAAAUCCCUGGAGCUCUUCUUUGCAACCAACCAGGGCGUGUGGGGAACUGACCCUUUGAACAACAAAUCGCCAAGGCUGUGCCGCAAGUUUUCCUCUCCUCCUCCUCUGUCCAUCCCCUCUCGUACCGCUUCCCCUGUGCAUUGCCGAAAGCUCUCCCUGAACUCCCCUAUCAGUGUGAAAACAGGAGCCCUAGACCUGUCCACCACUCGUUCCUCUUCUGCAGCCAACUCCCCAACCUCUAGUCACAGCCCAUCCAUCGCCUCUCCUCCACCUGGCUCUACCAGAGCGCCCUCUGGCUUUUCCUCCCCUCCACCCACCGCCACAAGGUCUCCUAGCCUCCCUCAGGCCUCUGGGGUAUCCUCACCACCCCCUGUCUCCACCAAGGCACCGCUGGAUCUCAGCCGUGGUCCUAGUUCCCCAGAGCUGAGUCCAGCUGCAGGGGAGGAUGCCAGUGGAGAGCUGCCUCGCAUUGAUGCCUUCUGUGGGAAGCUGAGGCGCAGCUUCCGCAGGGCUGUCCUGGAGUCAGUAUCCCUGGACAAAUUCAUUCCUGAGUCACCAGCUACCAGUGAGCCAGGUGACACAUCCCCCUGCCGCUCGCCUUCAACACCGAGGCAUCUCCGCUACCGUCAAUCGGGAGUUACAUCAGGGGAGACCUCUCGCUGCUCUAUGUCACCAGCUUCAGCUUUUGCAAUCGCCACUGCUGCUGCUGGGCAUAGCAGCUCCCAGGGUUUUAACAAUUCUGAGAAAGCCUGUGACAAAGAAUUCAUCAUCCGCAGAGCUGCUACUAACAGAGUUCUCAAUGUGCUGCGCCACUGGGUUUCUAAGCAUUCCCAGGACUUUGAAAUGAACAGUGAGCUGAAGGUGGGGGUGAUCAGUCUACUAGAAGAGGUGUUGCGAGAUCCAGAUCUGCUGCCGCAAGAGAGGAAAGCUACAACAAACAUAUUAAGUGCACUUUCUCAAGAAGAACAAGACGAUGCUCAGCUCGGGAUGGAGGACAUAUUACAAAUGAAGAGCUGCCCGCUUCUACACUUCAUUGUGGCGGAGAGUCCUAAAUCAGAGUGUUUUGAGUCACUCUCAGCCAUAGAACUAGCAGAACAGAUCACCUUGCUGGAUCAUAUUGUGUUCAGGAGCAUUCCUUAUGAGGAGUUCCUAGGUCAGGGCUUUAUGAAGCUGGAUAAAACGGAAAGGACUCCAUACAUCAUGAAGACCACCCAGCACUUUAAUGAUAUGAGCAACCUGGUAGCGUCUCAGAUAAUGACCCAUACUGAUGUGGCCUCCAGAGCCAGCUCCAUUGAGAAGUGGCUGGCAGUGGCUGACAUCUGUCGCUGCCUCAAUAACUACAACGGAGUACUGGAGAUCAUUGCUGCACUCGAAGGCAGUGCCAUCUACAGGCUUAAAAAGACCUGGGCAAAAGUCUGCAAACAGACAAAGGGACUGAGGGACAGACUUCAGAAGAUUGUGUCAUCAGAGGGACGGUUCAAGAACCUCAGAGAGACAUUGAAAAACUGUAAUCCUCCAUGUGUCCCUUACCUGGGCAUGUACCUCACUGACCUGGCCUGCAUUGAGGAGGGGACACCCAACUUUACAGAGGAGGGCCUUGUUAACUUCUCUAAGAUGAGGAUGAUUUCUCAUAUCAUCCGGGAGAUCCGUCAGUUCCAGCAAACACCGUACAGGAUAGAGCACCAACCAAAGGUGACUCAGUUCCUGCUGGAUAAAAGCCUAGUGAUUGAUGAAGAUACCCUUUAUGAACUCUCACUCAAGAUUGAACCCCGACUACCACCUGGCUAACUGCAUCUUCUAAACAGACAUAUAGUUGAUAUAUAUACAAUUUCUAGCUCAGAGCAACACAUUCAUUCAUUCAUUACACAGCAGGGGUUGUUACAUAGAAUGCCAUCAAUCACUGCACUUGGGAAACUCAGGAGAAAAUGUGCCUUACUGAAGUGUAUAUUUAGUGAGCAGACUAUAAAACAGUGGUACAGUUCUGUUACCUAUUCAAAGUUGUCCUUACAACAUAUCAGUUUCUUGUAACACAAAUCAAAUGAACACAAACUAGUUGCUACACAGUAAGUUUGGGGUUGUUGGGGACCCUGUAGCAAGUAAUCAAGUAAUUGCAUAAUUGAGUAACUGAGAAAGUGUGUGUGUGUGUGUGUGUGUGUGUGUGUGUGUGUGUGUGUGUGUGUGUGUGUGUGUGUGUGGAGUACGUCACAUAUUUUAUCUACUUUAAUACUUUCUGUUUCACAGGAGACGUUAUCUAACGCUUCGCUUUUUAUCUUUUUUUAAUCAUACGCUAUGAUAAUAAGGAAAAAUGAAAGCUUUAUGUUCUUACAAAUUCUCUCGCAUGUCAGAGCAAAAAUCCUUAAAGUUUAAACACAUUGCAGAUUUUGAAAUAUGCUCAUUACAGUUUUUAAGACAUUUUUCUUUCUCUUUACAAUCAGAUCCUGUCUUUUGAGUUUUUUAAUGUUUAUGAUUUUGUACACAAAACUUUUUGAGCUUCACUUUUUGAGAGUUGGACUCAAGGGGUUCUUUCAUGCUACAAAAGCAUAUUGCCACAUAUCAAGAAUAUGUGGCACUAUUCUUAAUAGUUCCCGUCAAUGUGAUCAAUUUUUCAUAUUCAUAUUUCAAACUCUAUUGAGUGUAUUAGUGAAAUAGUAAGAUCUUUGCACUAUUAAUUUAUUAUUAAUUCAAAGAUUUUCAUUAGACUGUAAUUUUGAUUAUAACAUGAAUAUAGUGUGAUUUCUCCUGUACUUAAAAUUUUGUGCUUGUUUGAUGUCUUUGGGAUGUGGUAGGGAUGGGUUAUUGGGUCUGGGGGCGUAUUUUUCGCCAUUUCAAAGGUCCGGAAUCUGCUUUCUUACACUGCUGCAUACUUUGAAGUUACAGUUUUGCUAAUGUAUUUAUAAGCUUAAAAAUAAAAUAAAAAAAAUAAACUGUUCAAACUGUAAAACAUUGUUGUUUUAUCAAGCAGAGAGGACACAUAAAAUCAUCAAAAAGAAAAAAAUGAACACACACAGUGUUGCCAAAAUAAAACAUGCACACAGACUAAUGCAAGUUCACUGAGAAGAGAUCACUUGGAAGAAUUGAGGAUGAUUUACUGAGAUAUUGAAAAAUAAUGGAUUUCAUAAUUAAACUCAUGACCCAUCAUGGCAGACCAGAAUCUCAGCAGUCAUAGGAUUUAGGACAGCCCCCCCACCCCCACCCCAAAGUCUAGAUGCUGGUGGUUGCUGGUGAAGAUGAAGACUGAGGGUCUGUGAGGUUUAGACGGGGAGCAGGUAAGUUGUAUGAAGGAGAGCCUGAAAGGGAGAAUGACUGAGAGCCCAUAUUUAAACUAUACGAAACAGGGGUUGGUUUAACGAUUGGAUUAGAUUAAUGAUGUCAGUACUGAGAGUGACAGCGUGGGAAAGUGUCAGUAAAAAACAUGGCACAAAAACAGAAAACCAAAUAAAAAGUGGGUUGAAAAUUGGGUUGCAUUUGUGCAGCAACUGUAAGGAAAGCAGCCAAAAUUGUGUGCCCUACAUAAGCAUAAGCAGGGUAUGAGUUGAGCCAUCGGCCAUAAUAUUACACUCUCUCUCUCUCUCAAUUAAUUUCCCUCUCGCCCUUGCGGGGGUCUUUACCCCUACUUAAAGCUCGGUUCCUCUACCAGAUUCCUGGGACCUUGAGGUUCCUGCAUCUUUGCUGUUCCAAAGACUGAAGUCUUCUGGACAGAGAGUCUUCUGGGAUCUGCUGGAUCUUAAUCAAAUAAAACAAGCUGCACUGAAGUUUAACCAUACCCAUGCAGCUUAUUAGCUGACAGUGCAUUGGGAGGACAGUACUUGUGUACAAAACUCUAAGGUUUAUACUGGGAGAUCUAGUUUCUCUUGGUAUUGGCUACAGUGAGUCUAGUUUAACUACCUAUCCACAUAGGAUUUUCUCACUAAAUUUUAUCCAUGGGAUUUUUGUAAUGUGCAAAUAUUGAAUCCUCUAACUCAGGGCAUGGCUGCUGCUGUACAUAGCUCUCAUGGUCACAGAAGUGGAACAAGAGAUCAUUUUCAAAUAUCAAGGUCAAACUGGACAGUGAUAUUGGAGCCUUGGUGGUCAUGGUUAAUCAUGGCUCAGCAGAAGC